AUUGCACCGCCCUUGCUGGGGCGCCCCGUGGAUCGCGUCAGUGUUGCGCAGAUUCGGUUUGAACCGAAAGCGGAGUGUGACCUUCCCGGGCGGCGGAGACCGGCAGGAGACCGAGCGAGAGGACCCAUGUCAGCACUCCCGUCCACAACCCUCGCCACAGAGAUGAACAGCAACUUAGCUGGAGAUGAAAUCGGGAAGCUGUUUGUGGGUGGAUUGGAUUGGAGCACCACCCAGGAGACUUUACGAAACUACUUUUCUCAGUAUGGAGAGGUUGUGGAUUGCGUCAUCAUGAAAGAUAAAAGCACAAAUCAGUCCAGGGGCUUCGGCUUUGUGAAGUUUAAAGACCCCAACUGCGUACGGACUGUCCUGGACACCAAACCUCAUAACCUGGAUGGAAGAAAUAUCGACCCCAAGCCUUGUACGCCUAGAGGUAUGCAGCCCGAGAAGACUCGAGCAAAAGAUGGCUGGAAAGGAAGCAAAAGUGACAGCAAUAAAUCUAAGAAGAUAUUUGUGGGUGGAAUUCCUCAUAAUUGCGGUGAAGCUGAACUCAGGGAUUAUUUCAACAGAUUUGGAGUGGUCACAGAGGUGGUAAUGAUCUAUGACGCAGAGAAACAGAGGCCUCGAGCUGUUCUGUCCCAACACCCUGCUGCUCUGUUGACUUUUGGUCGUUGGCUAGGUUUUGGAUUUAUUACUUUCGAGGCCGAACAAUCAGUGGACCAGGCUGUCAACAUGCAUUUUCACGACAUCAUGGGCAAAAAAGUUGAAGUGAAGAAGGCGGAGCCACGGGACAGCAAAGCUCCCGCCCCUGGUCAGCUGGGAGCCAAUCAGUGGGGGCACCGAGCCAUCUUAAGCGCAGCCAAUGGCUGGGCAGCACAACCGGCUCCGAGCUGGCAGCAGAGCUACGGGCCUCAGGGUGUUUGGGUGACUACAGGACAACCUCUUGGUGGGUAUGGACCUCCUUUACCUGCUGGCCGUGGGGCACCUGCACAACCUCCUUCUCCAUUUAAUGCAUUUCUAGUUGCAGCGGCACCUACAGGGGGAUUUGGGGCACCUCAGGGAUACCCCCAACAGGGCUUUAGCGCACAACCUCAGUUUGGAUAUAGCUUUGGAACACCUCAAGGUGACCAGUUUGUAGCACAGGGAAUGCCUCCCCCUCCCAACACGCCGGGCGCAGGGCCUUUAGGUUUUGCCCCGGCUACGACUCCCUCUCAGGACCUGAGCAAAGCCGCCCCAGCACAGCCAGACUUCUCCUACAGCCAGUAUGGCUUGGGUAACUAUCCUCAGGACCCCUCUGCCUACGGACCAACGCGUCCUUCUCACACUUAUGUACAGGAAGAGCAGGGAUAUAGCGCAGGUAGGUGAGCAACUGCAUCCUACAAUCACUCAAACCCAAUAGAACAAACAUCAACAGCCUGUGGACCCAUAAGGCUUCAGUUCUGUUUCUCAUGCAUCCCAUGUACAAUAUGCAUAUGCCGUAUGCAUAUUCUACAUCUGCAUAUCUUCGGUUUUCAAUGGGAUAUACUAAAGUGCAGCUACAUGUCAUUCAGGGGGCCUUUUAAGAGGCAAAUGAACUGAACUCGUCACCAGACAAUAUUGUAACUCGUGUGGCUUGUAGCUGUAGUUUACUAUAUAAAAACAGACGGCUUGCUUCAGAUGUUCUUUUUUCAGUCACUGCAUUGCUUUGCUGCCAAAAGGAUGAUCUAAUGGUGUCUCUACUGGGUUUUCUGUGGAUUUUGUGCCCCUCAUGCAGCGUGUGACAGUCACAGCUGAACAAAUCUGUACGGAUUCGGCGAAUUCUUUACAUCUUUGACUCUUAAAAAGAAUCCAUUUCUCUUCAUUUGUGCUCAUGUAGUCUAAUGUUUCACUUUCAUUUAGAGACUUUUGAAUAAACUCUUUCCAAAAUGCAUUUCUGCCUUGGUAUUUCUGUUUUUAUUUUUUUAUUUUUCCAGAAUGCUUUAAAUGUGUUUUCAUGACCACCAUACCUUUAUUUUUUAAAAUGUUUUCUGUUCAGUUAUUUGUUUCUGUUGUAGUUAAAUCUUUGAUAUUUUGGCCACGUACACAUUGCAAAGUUGCUGCUUUUAAAAGUGAAUUCACUUCAUUAUGAGUCUGUGUGUGUAAGGAUUUUACUUUGUGAUAACCAAAGCAACAACAAACAUGGAUGCCAACAGUUCAGUCUGCUCAAUGUUGCCCAUGUUCAAGCAAAGUAAUAAUAGCAAAAAGUAAAACUGCAUGGAAAUAAUUAGUAAAACACCAUUGAUCACAUCCUUUUAGGAGUGAAUUUGGUUGUAGAAUUAAAGAAUUCAGUGGACAAAACCGGAUUGAAACUCAUAAACCCAAAGUGCACUUCUGUUUUAACGCUUACUACGCUUAGUGAACCCUUUAAAGUAUACUCCAUUUAACACUCCAUGCACACUAGAAAGUUUCAUUCUUGUCUCUGCAGAAGUAGUAACAAAUAAAAAUGUCUUUGUUCUCAUUUAAACUGGAGUUGCGUGUAUCUAUUGUUGUCAGGCACAUAUUUUAUGGGGGUGGGGGAGUUACUGGAAUUAUUUAUUAACUAUUUACAUCAUGCAUUUUGAGCUUUUAUGACAAGCUUUAAGUUUCUGUUCAAAACACAACUAGGACCACUUAUCUGCGCAACAUGUUUAUUUAACUUUGCCUUGACGUGGAAAUGAUCACAUACUGUGCGCUCGUUCACCUGCGUGCUCUAAAAGUUUGAUAUGAUUUGUGCGAGAUGCUCCUAUCACGACACUGAUGAUAAAAUGUGCAACUUAUUUGAAUUCUAUUGAUAAUUUAUUACUUUAAAACACUAUGUAGAAAGGCAAAUGUCUAAAACAGCCACAUAAUUUAAAAAGACCUUGCACGUCUUGCACCAAUGUAAUUUAGAAAGCUUUUUAACCGCUUAGCAUUCCUAUAAAAUUUGCCUAAAACACCUAAAAAAAGGCAUACCCAAAGUAAAUUGCAGGUACUGUGGAACGCUAAGGGGUUAAAUUACUCAAGACCAAUUUCCCUAGUUAAAAAAUAUAUACUGAAAUGUAAUUGAAAUACAUUUAGUUUGUGCUAAGUAUACUACAAAUACAUUCACAUUUAUGUGCUAAAUAAAAAUACCCUGCAAUAGUACUUUUGGGCCCGGUUUCACAGACAGGCCAGGAUUAAGCUUCAGUUCAAUUAGUGCAUUUAAGUAGCUUUUAUAAACGUUCACUAGAAAGAAAAAAACAUCACUGGUGUGCAUCUUGGCAGUGACAUAUUUUAAGAUCUGUCAGUACAAGUUGCUUUCAGUUAAAACAGCUCAAACAUGCAUUUUAGUCUAAGACUAGCUUAAGCCUUGUCUGUGAAACCGGGUGUUGGUGUACUAAACUGGUAUACUUAAAGUCUGCUAAAUUGGAACAACUAAUUUUGUACUUAAUGCACUUUAAUUGUGCGGAGGUCCAACUAAAGAUAUACUCAAGUAUACUUGAUUGUGCUAAAGUGGAACUAUUGCAAGUAUACUUUAAAUAUCUUGCAUUUAAAGACUGAAGCAAAGAUCAUACAAUCCUUAUUAAUAGUGAUAUUAAAACACUUUAUAGGCAUAAUAUUAAGAAAUGUGCAUUGUGCAAUAAAGAAAUACUCCGAAUAAAAUUUUAUAUCAGUAAAUCUUAAAGUGAUUUGUCAAUAAAUAUGUUAAUGGAUUUGAAGUAUACUUAGUAUUAAAUAAAUGUAUUUUAACUACGUUUUUUUUUACUAGGGUUAUGUUUUAUUGUAGUAGCAGUUACUAUGACUUUAACUUUAAAUUGUGUGAUAUGGGAAUAAUUUUUUCAUAUAAAAACUAAUUAGUGCAAAAAUAAAGUGCAAGGUGAUUGUGUGAGCUGAGCGAUUCCAAGAUCUUUGUGCGAACAGUACUUUGCUGAUGAUGAAAUUUACCUUAGCGUACAUAUAAAAAACAAAGUAUACUUUGGGCUUAAGAGAAGCGACGACCAUAUAUACCUGCGGUGUGUACGUGGCCUUUGUCUUGAGAAGUGAAAAAUGGACCUAAUGCAAAAUGAUGAGGGGUUACGAGAGAUGCCCAGAAAGCCUAGUCGCGUGUUCGUUCUUUGGAGUUACUGGUGUUUAAUAUCACUUUCCAUGUUU